AUGUCGGUUUCUGAAUACACGAACAAGUUUAAGCACUUGGUUCGUUUCAAUACAAUGGCGACCAGUGAGGAGUGGCAGUGUAGAAAGUUUGAAAAUGGGCUGAGAAGUGAUCUGAAGGUGUUAAUCUCCAGCCUAUGCAUUCGGUCGUUCCCUGCAAUGGUUGAGAGGGCUAAAGUGUUAGAGAAAAAUAUGGCUGAGGCAGAACAACAGAAGAAACAACAGGCGUCACGGGGACCAAUUCUGUCGAGACCCAAUCUGAAUCGGAACAGGACUCCAUACGCUCGUCCAACACAGUCUAGUGGGUCUCAAGCGUUGGUGGUAGCGGGACAAUCAGGACAACCGGGAACGGUCAGGUGUUUUCAAUGUGAGGGGCCUCAUUUUAGAUCAUCAUGCCCUCAGUUGGUCGGAGGAAAGUAUUGUAAUCGGUGUAGAAGAAAUGGCCACCUGGAGAGCGAAUGCAAUAUGGGCGGACGUGCUGUGAUGAGGCUGCCGAACGCUGGAAGGAACCAGCAAGGGAGAGGUGGACGAGCCCAGGCAGUUGGGCGUGUAUAUGCAAUUACGGGGUCGGAAGCAGCAAGCUCAGGUACGCUCAUCAUUGGUACCUGUUUAGUUCAUGGAAAGCAAUGUUGUGUGCUGUUUGAUUCAGGGGCGACACACUCCUUCAUCUCGAAGGCGUGCGUUGAUAAAUUGGGAAUAGCUGAGAGCGAGAUGCAGUUUGACUUGGUGGUGUCAACCCCAGCAGCUGGUGAGAUUAGGACAUCUACUGUGUGCGUUAGAUGUCCUAUUGAGGUAGAAGGGCAUAAAUACAAGGUGAACCUCAUAUGUUUGCCUCUCAAAGACUUAGAAGUAAUUUUGGGAAUGGAUUGGCUGAAUACCAAUCGCAUUCUCACAGAUUGUGGAGCUAAGGAAUUAAUUUUUCCUGAAGAAGAUGAAGAAGACUUGGGUGUGACACUCGGCCAGUUGAAAGAAGAUAUUAUGGAGGGCGCGAGUUGUUUUCUGAUUAUGACACACGAAGACAGGGAGGCGGAAGCUAUAAGUUUUGAACGAUCGUCCAACAACAAGCACAGUGGAGGACAAUCAGUUGUAGACGAAUUCCCGGACGUCUUUCCGGAUGAAGUGCCUGAAUUGCCUCCCGUUCGUGAGGUUGAGUUUACCAUUGAUCUGGUAACGACCGCAGCACCCAUAUCCGUUCAACCAUAUAGAAUGGCACCCGCUGAAUUGGUUGAACUUAAAAAGCAAAUUGAAGAUUUGAUGGAUAAAAAGUUCAUCCGGCCAAGCGUGUCACCCUGGGGAGCGCCUGUACUGUUAGUGAAGAAGAAGGAUGGUAGCUCUCGGCUUUGCAUUGAUUACCGACAAUUGAAUAAGCUGACCAUCAAGAACAAAUAUCCACUGCCUCGGAUUGACGAUCUAUUGGACCAAUUGCAUGGAGCGAGCGUGUUCUCUAAGAUAGACUUGAGAUCAGGCUAUCACCAAAUUCGGGUUAAGGAAGGAGAUAUUCAGAAGACGGCCUUCCGUUCACGUUAUGGACAUUACGAGUACGUGGUGAUGUCGUUCGGUGUUACGAACGCUCCAGCAGUUUUUAUGGACUACAUAAAUCGCAUCUUCAGACCGUAUUUGGAUAAAUUCGUGGUGGUAUUCAUUGAUGACAUUCUCAUCUACUCCAAGAGCUGUGAAGAGCAUGAAGAGCACUUGAGGUUGGUACUAGGAGUUUUGAGAGAAAAAGAACUGUACGCUAAGUUAUCCAAGUGUGAAUUUUGGAUGAAGGAAGUACAGUUCUUGGGACACGUUGUAUCCGCUGGUGGAAUUUCAGUUGAUCCGGCCAAGGUGCGAGCGGUAUUGGAGUGGGAGAGUCCUCGUUCGGUCACAGAAGUACGGAGUUUUGUGGGACUCGCGGGCUACUAG